GUUUUAGUUUUAGAAGUCACUAUUGACAAGCUAUUUUUUUUCUAACUGGUAAGAACUGUCAUUUUUCAUUCUUAUUCUCCUGUCAUACUAUGCUAAGGAGUUUUGCACUGAAAAUUCUUCAGACACAAAUUCUUUAAUCCUUUCUUAUGGUAUCUUUUUUUGCUGGCUAAUUAAUGUGUUCAUGUUGGGUAAUAGUUUUGUUGUUUUAAAUUCUAGAAAAUUUCCUACUUGAAAACUUGAAAGAAGUUGGGCCAUUAUAGAGCUGUGUACCUUAACAUUUUACAGUAAUAAUUCCAUUUACUGUGCCUUUUAGCAAACAAGCAUGCUUUUUAAUUUUAUGAUCAGAGAGUACUUAAAAUUUUAAGAUGUUGUUAAUAUUAUCUAUUUUUACUUGCUUUGGUUUUCUUAUUUAAUUUCCCUCUGUUGGAUGGAAAAGAGGAAAUGACAAGAGAUUGCUCAGAAGCCCAUUCAUGUAUUUGCUUUUGCCAUUUAUAUUUGUAUAUGUAGGGAAUAUGUCCAAAGGCAUUUUGACCAACAUAGUUUAGGUGAUUCCUAAAUAAAAAAAACUAGUUUGUGUUGCAGCAUAUUUUAUAAAUUUCAGGUAUGAACUUAAUUAUAAUAAUCACAAUGCAUUCAUUUAAAUGGAAUAUGUGUUUGAACAUGUAGAUGUCAUCAGAUUUUGUAAUGAACUGGUGAAAAUGUAUGCUUCUUGUACGGAAGGUAUAACACCGGGAAAAGAUUAAGCACGCCUCGUCUCUCUCCUUCCCUCUUUUCUCUCCUGUAAUCAGCACCUGGUUUGAUUACAUCUUUUUGAACUAUAAAAGCUAUAGAAUUAUAACCCCUUACAUGGAAGUUUUUGUGAAAGGGAAUUGUAACAAACACAGCGGUUAAACUUUCCACUUUCAGAAUUCCUCCUUUUCUUGUCAUCCUGUAAUUCAAACUUUCUUUAGUAAAGGAUAAAGCAGUUUUGUUAUUGUUCGAGAGAGUACAGUGAUUUCCCUUUGGCACUUGGUUUUCAAGUUCAUGACUGCUUUAGAAGGCCAAGACAGGUUUCUAUGUAUUUGUGGUGCUUGGGGAAGUUGUCAGCUGACCUCUUCUAUGUUCCCAUCAUCCAUGGCACCUAACAUAUUGGCUUGUACAUAGUUGGUCCUAAUUAAAUAUUAAUAAAUGGCUGACUGGCAAUCAAUAAAAGUUAUACACAGCUCUAUUUGAUUCAUUACACAUAGUCAGUGGAUUCUUUCCCAUUUAUUGCUUUUUAUUUUGUAAGAUCAAAAGGAUCUGUAAUCUGAGACACUGUAAGCAGUUGUGUUGCUUUUCAUCUUCAGGCCUGCACUUCCUAUGAAGCCAGAUGCUGUGAAUAUUGACCCUUUUCACAGCUAUGCUUAGAAACUGAUAUAUAUACAGUUUGCAUGUGCAGAAAUAACUUUCUACUUCAAAAGACAGCAAAGAAGUGCCUUUCUGGUCCAUAUUUAGUUUGUUUUGUUUUCUGUGUAGUUGUUGAGGCUUACUCCUUCCCCCCACAGUUGAUGACUAUAAUGUUUUUAGCAUUUAUUUCUUUACCCAAUCCAUUUCUAUUUCUUGCCUGCCUCUUCGAGAAGUGGCGCCACUCACUGAUUUGCCUGUUUUCCUCCUCUUGCUGCUUCAUCCUGCUUGUAAUUUUGCCUUCCUCAAGUCUACCAGGCUGAUCUUCUAAAAACAAUUAACAGCAUGUCAUUGCCAUUGCUGAAAGUCUGCUAUAGCUCUUUAUUACCUACUUUAUCAAGUCCAAUUUGUCUACCCUGUUUUAGGACUUCCCAUAAUUUGCAAUACUUUGCUUUUUGCAAACUAUUUCUCCUACUGUCAAGCCCCUGGCUUCUGUUCCGGUGAAGUAGUACUGCUCCCUGGAGACCCCAUCUCCCAGCACACACACGUGAGUCCCUGCCUCUUGCCUUUGUUCAUAUGAUGCCCCUGUCUUUUCUCCAUCAUAUAAAUCUUUCUGAUUGAAAAGGUCGAGUGGAAUUUCCACAUCCUUCCAGAGGCUUUUCAGUAUUCUCCUAAUCCACAGCAAUUUUUCCUUUUUAUACUUCUGUUUCACUAAUAGUGUCAGACAGUUUGACACAUUUUCUGUAUUUUUUCUACAUAUAUAUUAGCUUUUCCUCCCUAUGAAGAAUGUAAGCAUUUUAAGGACACACAUGUACACACAAAGAGUUCUUAUGCCUUUUUGCUUUUAUGUAAACCUUACAUCUCAUAGCAAUGUGGUAAGCAGAUGGUAAGCGUUUACUUCAGGUCUUGCUUGAUUUAUAAAAUCAGACUACAAAUUUAAAAACCAUAACUAGCUACAGAGAUGAAUUGGGCGACAUCAUUGAAUAUUUUGUCAUAUAUUUAUAACAACCUUUUUUUUUCAAAGUCAGUUGGUUUAUGUUUCUUCUAGAAAAUUUUUUGCCACUUAGAAAAAAAUGUAUAUUCCCUUAAAAAACAAUUACCAGUAACCUAAAGAUAAAUAGAGUUAAACCAUCAGUUUUUAAGGGCUAUCGUUUUUACUUUCAAUAACUGACUUUGGAAGUGAACAUGUUAGUAAAAGGAAGGACGUGUAAGUCAUCCAUCUCCUUAACCAUAGAAUGAUGGUGCCACCCCUGCCACUGCCUGUUACUGGGUUCAUCAGAGCCUUUACAUAUUUAUAAUUACCCUUCCAUAAAUAGUUUGCAACUUGACCAUAGCAUUUUGCCACUCUAUUAGAAUGAGGCACAAGGUCCAAGUUAAAAGCAAAAUCCUUAAUGAAUUUAACAAAAUUAAGCAAAGAGCUUUAGGUUAUAGGAGCAGAGUUAAUGGAUUCAGCUGUUCUUUACUUUCACUUCAACCAACAAAUUCUGCAUUCAUUUUCCAGAUGUGAACCUUGUUAAAUUAAAAUGGAGUAAAAUUAAUUUUGUGAAGCUGUUAUAUCACCCCUGGAGAUAAUUGGAGAUAACCUAGUGUGUCGUAAAACUGGAGCUAGAAAAUCAGCAUUUAUAGGGUUGGUUUCAGUAACUAUGUUACAAAGGGAUCCCAAGAUUCAUUUUUUUUUUUUCUGAAAUGGAGUCUUGCUCUGUCGCCCAGGCUGGAGUGCAGUGGCAUGAUCUCAGCUCACCAUGCCUGGCCCCAAGGUUUAUUUUUAAUGCAUAUUUCUCAACUUUUGCUAGGAUUCUUUCAUGUGACUUAGUUGUCACUAGAGCUGAAUUGUGAUGCAGUCCUAGAAUGCAGAGGUGGCCAAUCCCAGAAUCAGAGACAAUGAUGGCAGUGCUAAUCAAAGUGUGGUCAGUGCACGGACCAAAGCUAUCAACAUGACUUCAAAGCUGGUUAGCAAAGCAGAAUGGUGGGAUUUGCCUCAGACCCACUGACACAGAAUCUCUGUGUGUGGAUCCUAGGAUGCUGUGGAGUAAGUAACGGGUUCUCCAGGGCCGCUUGAAGAUGCCAUUGAAGAUGAGGAAGAAGAAUGUCCAUCAGAGGAAACAGACAUCAUCUCCAAAGGAGACUUUCCAUUGGAGGAAAGCUUUUCCACAGAAUUUGGGCCUGAAAAUCUGAGCUGUGAAGAAGUGGAAUACUUUUGUAACAAAGGUGAUGAUGAAGGAAUUCAGGAGACAGCAGAAUCAGAUGGGGACACACAGUCAGAGAAACCGGGGCAACCUGGAGUUGAGACAGAUGACUGGGAUGGACCAGGAGAGCUGGAGGUGUUUCAGAAAGAUGGGGAACGAAAAAUUCAGAGUCGACAGCAACUUCCAGUGGGAACAACCUGGGGGCCGUUUCCUGGGAAGAUGGACUUGAAUAAUAAUUCUUUGAAGACAAAGGCUCAGGUCCCAAUGGUGCUGACUGCUGGUCCCAAGUGGUUGCUGGAUGUGACUUGGCAAGGAGUGGAAGACAACAAAAACAACUGCAUUGUGUACAGCAAAGGGGGUCAGCUUUGGUGUACAACUACGAAGGCCAUCUCUGAGGGUGAAGAGCUAAUUGCCUUUGUGGUGGAUUUUGACUCAAGGCUACAAGCUGCCAGUCAGAUGACUCUCACAGAAGGGAUGUACCCUGCACGCCUGCUGGACUCAAUUCAGCUGCUUCCUCAGCAAGCUGCCAUGGCUUCUAUUUUGCCCACAGCUAUUGUCAAUAAGGAUAUAUUCCCUUGCAAGUCCUGUGGCAUCUGGUAUCGGAGUGAGCGGAAUCUGCAGGCCCAUUUGAUGUACUACUGCAGUGGGAGGCAAAGAGAAGCUGCUCCAGUGUCAGAGGAAAAUGAAGACAGUGCCCAUCAGAUUUCCAGCCUGUGCCCCUUCCCACAGUGCACCAAGAGCUUUUCAAAUGCUCGAGCUCUAGAAAUGCACCUGAAUUCACACAGUGGAGUGAAAAUGGAAGAAUUCCUGCCCCCUGGUGCUAGUCUAAAAUGCACCGUCUGUAGCUACACUGCUGAUUCCGUGAUCAGCUUUCACCAACACCUGUUCUCCCAUCUCACUCAAGCUGCCUUCCGAUGUAAUCACUGCCAUUUCGGCUUCCAGACUCAGAGGGAGUUAUUGCAGCACCAGGAGCUCCAUGUCCCUAGCGGCAAACUUCCCAGAGAAAGUGACAUGGAACACUCUCCAAGUGGAACUGAAGACAGCUUACAGCCAGCCACAGACUUAUUGACCAGAAGCGAACUUCCCCAGAGCCAAAAGGCCAUGCAGACUAAAGAUGCGAGCUCUGACACAGAGCUGGACAAGUGUGAGAAAAAGACUCAGCUCUUUCUCACAAACCAGAGACCGGAGAUACAGCCUACAACAAAUAAACAAAGCUUUUCUUACACAAAAAUAAAGUCUGAGCCCUCUAGCCCAAGACUUGCCUCAUCUCCAGUUCAGCCUAAUAUUGGGCCUUCUUUCCCUGUGGGCCCUUUCCUAUCUCAGUUUUCUUUCCCCCAAGAUAUCACCAUGGUCCCUCAAGCUUCAGAGAUCUUAGCCAAGAUGUCUGAACUGGUGCAUCGGCGACUGAGGCAUGGCAGUAGUAGCUACCCUCCCGUCAUUUACAGCCCUUUGAUGCCCAAGGGGGCUACUUGUUUUGAGUGUAACAUAACAUUCAAUAAUUUGGAUAAUUAUCUAGUGCACAAAAAGCAUUAUUGCAGCAGCCGAUGGCAGCAGAUGGCUAAGUCCCCAGAGUUCCCUAGUGUGUCAGAAAAGAUGCCUGAAGCUUUGAGUCCCAACACUGGCCAAACCUCCAUAAACCUUCUCAACCCAGCUGCUCAUUCUGCUGAUCCUGAGAAUACACUUCUUCAAACAUCUUGCAUCAAUUCUUCCACUGUCUUAGAUUUAAUUGGGCCAAAUGGGAAGGGCCAUGACAAGGACUUUUCCACUCAAACUAAGAAGCUCUCCACCUCCGGUAACGAUGACAAAAUUAAUGGAAAACCUGUUGAUGUGAAAAAUCCCAGUGUCCCCUUAGUGGAUGGGGAAAGUGACCCAAAUAAGACUACCUGUGAAGCUUGCAACAUUACCUUCAGCCGGCACGAAACAUACAUGGUCCACAAACAGUAUUACUGUGCUACUCGCCACGACCCUCCACUGAAGAGGUCUGCUUCCAACAAAGUGCCUGCCAUGCAGAGAACCAUGCGCACACGCAAGCGCAGAAAGAUGUAUGAGAUGUGCCUACCUGAGCAGGAACAAAGGCCUCCACUGGUUCAGCAGAGAUUUCUUGACGUAGCCAACCUCAAUAAUCCUUGUACCUCCACUCAAGAACCCACAGAAGGGCUAGGAGAGUGCUACCACCCAAGAUGUGAUAUCUUUCCAGGAAUUGUCUCUAAGCACUUGGAAACUUCUCUGACGAUCAACAAGUGUGUUCCAGUUUCCAAGUGUGACACUACUCAUUCCAGUGUUUCCUGCCUAGAGAUGGACGUGCCCAUAGAUCUCAGCAAAAAGUGUUUAUCUCAGUCUGAGCGGACGACCACGUCUCCCAAAAGGCUGCUGGACUAUCACGAGUGCACUGUGUGCAAGAUCAGUUUCAAUAAGGUAGAAAACUACCUGGCCCACAAGCAGAAUUUCUGCCCGGUUACUGCACAUCAGCGUAAUGACCUGGGUCAACUGGACGGCAAAGUGUUUCCGAAUCCAGGAAGCGAACGAAACAGCCCUGAUGUCAGCUACGAAAGAAGCAUAAUAAAAUGUGAGAAAAAUGGGAAUGUGAAGCAGCCUUCCCCCAAUGGAAACUUAUUUUCAUCCCACCUAGCAACCCUGCAAGGCUUGAAGGUCUUUAGUGAAGCCGCUCAGCUCAUUGCUACAAAAGAAGAAAACAGACAUUUGUUUCUUCCACAAUGCCUUUACCCAGGAGCAAUAAAGAAAGCAAAAGGAGCCGACCAGCUUUCUCCAUAUUAUGGAAUCAAGCCAAGUGAUUAUAUUUCUGGUUCUCUUGUCAUCCAUAACACUGACAUCGAGCAAAGCACAAAUGCAGAAAAUGAAUCUCCUAAAGGCCAGGCUUCCUCAAAUGGGUGUGCUGCGCUGAAGAAAGAUUCUCUGCCAUUGUUGCCCAAAAAUCGAGGAAUGGUAAUAGUGAAUGGUGGACUGAAACAAGAUGAGAGACCUGCUGCCAACCCACAGCAAGAGAACAUUUCCCAGAACCCUCAGCAUGAAGACGACCACAAAUCUCCCUCGUGGAUCUCUGAGAACCCAUUAGCUGCCAAUGAGAAUGUCUCACCAGGAAUUCCCUCAGCAGAGGAACAGUUGUCUAGUAUAGCAAAAGGUGUGAAUGGUUCCAGCCAGGCGCCAACCAGUGGGAAAUAUUGCCGGCUAUGUGAUAUCCAGUUCAACAACCUUUCAAACUUUAUAACUCACAAGAAGUUUUAUUGCUCAUCACAUGCAGCAGAACAUGUCAAAUGAACUAACUAAACAUCAGUCACCUUUGGUAUCAGUGUUUAGUAUGUUGUUCUAACCAGUCCAGAAAAAAAAAUAAGCUGUUUGAAUUAAUCUGGGCAAUCAGGAGAUAAUUCAUUAUGGCUGAGUUGAAGACUUAAGGUGUAAUUUCAUUACAGUCCAUUAGUAAAGUGUAUUAUUGGUGCCAUUUUCAAAAAAAAAUUAAUUUAUUUUACCAGCAGUAUUCAUAGCUGUGGUUAUGUUAUUUUUUAUUUAAAAACUUUAUAUUAAAGUCAUUUGUAAUGUUAUUGUAUAGUUAUUGUGUAGCACAUAUGGUUUGCACUGUAUAGUAGCUUUUAAAGAAAAUAGUCACAAUACAGAAAAGCAUUUUAGAAAUAGCUUCAAAAGCACUUGUGUAUCUUGAUUUUUUCUUAUAUGCUGUUGCAGAUAUAUGUAUAUGCUAAAAUAUAACUUGCAAAGAUGUUCUAAAUACACAUGCUAUAAGUUCGCCUUAAGAUUUCAAUUCUUGGAUAAUCAGGCUCCGUUUGCACUUUAUAUUUUAGCAGAUACAGUCUCUUAGUCACUAGGCUUUGCAUUUGUAUGUAGCUGUAUGUUUCCGUCCAUUUUCUUAAUCCUGAACCUGUAUGUUAAAUGAAGAUGGCAAUUUUUUUCUUGUAUAGUACUUGUAUUUUCUUUCGCUGAUGCAGCUCUGUCUCAAUUUUUAAACCUUUGCUGUUAAAUGCAAUACUUUAUAAAGAAUGAACAAAAUUACUGGAAGCAGUAUUGUAAGUAAUGAGGUAGUAUUAAUCAGUUUUCUCUUUUGAAAGGCACAGUCUAAAUCGAAACCCUAAACUCAAUGCUGCAAGUAUGAAUUUAAUUCAUAUAUAAGAUCUAUUUAAAUAUAAGAGUAGCAAUACUGCACCUGGUGAUCACAAAGAUAAUGUUCUACUUCUGAUAGAAAUAAUUUCUCAACAAAUGUUGUUACUAUGCAUGUAUAUGGAUGGAAUAAAAUUCCAGAUUGUUGGAGAAGUUUGGCAUACUUUUUUUCCCUUUAAAAUAGAAGAGAAGCCCUAAAUCUAUUCUUUGUGAUGAAAAUAGUUUCCAAAUGGCACCAAAUGGCCGUAAUAACACAAUGACAAAUCAGUAAAGAGAAAGAUUGUCCUUUACAUACACCUAAUUAAUAUAACUUGCUCUAUUAAAAUGAACUAGAGGCUUCAAGCCAUGAAACUAGAAAAGUUCUUCAUUAUAACUGUGUAUAAUUAGCAGAAUCUCUCUGUCUGCCUUUCCCCAUCAUCGCUGCAGCACAGAUAAAGAGCAAUUUCAUGCAUGUCUACAAAACUUACAAGCCAUAUGCACAAGAAUCAACACAAAUGUUGGUCAAAUGCACCCAAGAUUCAGAUGAAAUUUACCGGAUAGAGAGGUUUGCAUUUUGAGCAAUGGUGACGUGGUAUGGUAAAGUGACUCUGAUGAGUAAAGAUGUGCAAAUCUAAUGCUCGGGAUUUGUAAAAGAUUGAUUUUGUACAUCUCAUUUGUAUAAUCCAGGAGUUUGCAUAUUGAGGGUGAGUGGAGAGCAGAGAAUGUGGGCCUAAUGGACCAGCCAGAAGCAUUGAGAGUGACUUGGCAGGCAUGAUGGUCUCCUGCAAAAUUAGAAAUCUCCUGACUUGGAAAGGCAACUACCCACUUGAGGCUAAGAUACACUCUUUACAGAUAGAUAGGUUGUGAUGCACUAUUAUUCAUCCAUAUUGAAUCUGGUAACAUAACGAGCAUAAAUGUUGGCCUUAAGCAUAACAUACAAAUACUGUGACAAAACAUAAAAAAAAAAUACUAUGUUGUCAAAAACAUGUCUCCAGUUGCUUGUUGAGAAUAACUAUUUUCAGAAUUGAAAUCAUGGAAUUAACUGAUGCCUUCCAUUUCAGUCAGUGAUUAAACAGUGAGGUGAACAGGACUAAUGUGCUUAAUAGUGUGAAACAGGAAUCUCUCAAAGUAUGAGAUCCUUGGGGAUCAAUGGAGAUGUUCAGAAAGACCUUUGUGGUGCACAGGAUGGAACUGGUAGGGCUGAGUAUUCUUAAGGGGACUUUCUUCCCCAGUCUCUUUUUCGUCCUCUUUCCUCUUCAAAAAGAAAGAAAGAAAAAAAAUUAGCCAAACCAACACAUAUUUAUUGAUUACGUGGCUUGUAUCCACUAUUUAGGGGAUGAAGGCAAAGAAAUAUAACACAUGACUAUUUCCUCAAAGAGCUUAUAAUUUGAUUCAAUUUAGUGCUUCUCAACACUUCUCUCAUUAAAAUUGCCUAAGGAACAUUUAAAAAUGCCAGUUAUUUAUAUAGUUUUGUACACUGGGCCUUACCCUAGAUCAAUUAAAGAAACACUCAAGCCUGUGAGCUCUGAGAAUCUAUACCUUAUAAAACCUGUCCAGGUGGUUCUAAUAUGCAAACAGUGUUGGGAAAUAUUGAAAGGUAAAUUAGAAGAAAAUAUGAAGGAUAAGUGAGACUAAGUCUAGUAAAAGAACAAAAAGAUAAAAGGAAGCCAAUAUGGGAUGAAAGAGUUGGGACAGGCUGCACAAAUAGGGUAGGUUCUAGAGAGGUGGAUACCAUGGUAAGGAAGGCUACCUUUAGGUCGCCCUGAGAUAUUUGUACAGGGUAUCCAAAGGGUGUUUAUUUCAAGUAUUGUUUGUAUAGUUGAAAGUAAGUUCUAGUAGCUGUUCACAGAAAAAGGAACAUAGCAUAGGUUGAAGUAGUGAGGUUUGGAUCAGAACUAGACCCUGGAGAGUGUAGAGGAAGAAAAUGGUAUUUCUACAUGUGGCAGUCACUGUAUGUUACAGUAGAAAAGUGGAAUGCAACUGGCAUGUGAGGGUGAAAAGUGAGUAAAAAUUUUUCAAAAGAAGAGAGUUUAGAUUGGAAAGAAAAGGAAGCUGAAGUGGGAGGAUUGCUCGAGCCCAGGAGUUGGAGACUGCAGUCCCUUAUGAUCACACCUGUGAAUAGUCACGGUACUCAUGUCGGGCAAUGUAGCAAUACCCAGUCUCUAAAAAAUAAAAAAUAAAUUUAAAAAAAGAAAAAGUAUAAAUAGGGAUCUGGUAUCACAAGACCUUGAGUGGCAGACUAAGGUUUAUGGGCUUGCCUUAUACUUUGCCUCUUAAAUACGUCAUCAAAUGAAAACUAUGUUUAGGAAUGGUAAUAGAGUAAGUAUGAGGUCUAGAUGCUACACAAAGGAAGCUUAUUUAAAAGGCCAUAGUGAUGUUUUCAAAUGAGGCGGGGAAAUGAGAGCCUGUACCAGGUGAAUGGAGAAGCACAAGUGUGGGUACAAGAUUACAUAAUGAAUUAAUGAGUAACCAACAAGACUUGGUACAAGUUAGUGAAGAUGAAAUCAAACAAGAAGUCAAAUAUCUUCAACCCACACUGAUUAAAAAAUGUCCCAUGUUCAAUAAACACUGAGGUCAGAAUAUUACCGUCAGUUGAGUAAUCUAGUUGAAGGUAGUAAAAAGAACAAUGGUUUAUAUCGGUUCUUCAGAUUGUUGUAUUUCAAUCACCUAUAGAAUUCUAAAGCCUACUAAGUGGGAAUAGCUUAGUUUUCAAGUUUUUUUUUUUGUUUGUUUGUUUUUUAACAAAGCAAUCCUAGGGUAUUCUGUGUUGUUUCCCUUGACCACAAUGGAGAACCUUUGAAUUAAACAGAGAGAGUGGGAAGUUGUGUGCAAAAUUAAUUAAGCUGGCAGCAGAAUUUAGUAUAUAAUUGGUCUUUCAAUUGCUUCUUUCUAAUAUGUAA